CAGCGAACACACACACUUCCUCCACUACAGCAACACUUUGCUUGACUGCUUUGACGCUCUCGGACAGAUUGUAGGCUAUAUGUUCAUACAAAACCUGCCAUUAAAGAAAGUAUGUUUGGUGUCUGAGAGAGUGAAGGGGCCAGAAUGCAGAGCAUCAAGUGUGUGGUGGUAGGAGACGGUGCAGUAGGGAAGACCUGCCUACUCAUCUCCUACACCACCAACGCCUUCCCCAAGGAGUACAUCCCCACUGUGUUUGACAACUACAGUGCCCAAGUGACUGUGGACAGCAGGACUAUUAGCCUCAACCUGUGGGACACAGCAGGCCAGGAGGAGUACGACCGCCUGCGCACCCUCUCCUACCCCCAGACCAACGUGUUUGUCAUCUGCUUCUCUGUUGCCAGCCCCCCCUCCUUUGAGAACGUCAAGCACAAGUGGCACCCGGAGGUCACCCACCACUGUCCCAAUACGCCCAUUCUACUGGUGGGCACCAAGAAGGACCUGCGUAAUGACCCGGAGGUGUUGAAGAAGCUUAAGGAUCAGAACCAGACAACCAUCACCCAACAGCAGGGCACUGCCCUGGCCAGGCAGAUCCAAGCCAUCAAGUACCUUGAAUGCUCUGCCCUCAACCAAGAUGGAAUCAAAGAGGUGUUCGCUGAGGGUGUGCGAGCCUUUCUCAACCCACAACCUGUCGCCACCAAGAAACCCUGUGUGCUAUUGUAAAGGCAGUAGGAAACCCUGUGUGCUAUUGUAAAUGCAGUAGGAACCCCUGUGUGCUAUUGUAAAGGCAGUAGAGAUACUAUCACAUAUGCAAAUCAAACAGAACAAUAUUAAUUAAUUGAAUGUGUGUAAACCAUUGGAGUUGAUUUUAUUGUGAAAUAUGUUUUUGUUGUACUGCCGAUAACAAACCCUGCCAUAUCAAGACUUCCUUGAGACAAGAGGAACAUUGAGGAAGAGGCAUUGGCUCAAGAUGGAUGCCUCAAAACUGAGCCAAUGUUAGGUAGGCAAGAAGGACCUGGGUCAAAUGCUGUCUGUAAGAAUCCUUGCUUUCGUAUAUCCAUUAUUUUGCCCUCUUUUUAUAGCAAUUAACAAACAAGACCUGAGACUUUCUGAUGAGGAGAUACAUUCUCUCAUUUAUCAGUGCUUGUAUUGUUGUCACAUUUUGACAUGUAUGGCCUUUACAAAAAAAAUAAAAAAAAAUAUCAGGAAUUUAAAUAUC